AUGGUUGGAGGCCAGGGCAAUAUUGCAGGCGCUUGGAGGGCGGAUACUUGGCAGCGUGGCCAAGGCAAGGCUUGGACUUUCCAAAAUCGGACCCACUCAUGGCACCCAGCUGUACAGGGGGAAGUCGGAACGUUGGAGGGCGGAGGGUAUCUUCAAACACCAGGGUGUGAGAUGGUUGCCUACUACGUACUCAGUAUGUUACAUAAAAGAUGCCGCAGGGCCAUUGAGGGCUUUGGGUUCGAGUAUGGAAGACUGCUGCAGCAUGCUGCGUACGGAGCUUUUCCAUACCAUACCUGUGCGUAUGUUGGUGCGCGCCAAGCUCAUUACCUCGAGAUAGCCACGGUGGUGGGGAGGGGGUGGUCUUCGGAAGCGGCGGCCGGCACGGGCGUACUAUCAUCGGCAGUAUGGUCCGGUAGUCGUGAUCUUUGUUGUUGGGGGGGUGCCAGACUGCAGUGGUAUGUGUCCUUUGACAAAUUGUCUCAAGGAGGGAACAAGGACGCAAAGGCGCGCAGCUGCGCGUUUCUGCCUUUGUAUUUUGUGAGCGCUCUUAUUUCAAGACCGCCACAGCGAUUUGGAGUCCGACAACAGCACAAAGGGCACUCUGAGGUGACAGACUGGAGAUGGGCUUGA